AUGCUCAGCCGAUCUCAUACCAAUUACUUGGCUCAGCUGAAUGUCACCAACUUGGUGUUGGGAAACCACGUCAACAAGGUGCUCAGCAAGGUCACCCUGAUUGCUACGAUUCUGGUCCCCAUGAACCUGAUCUGUGGUCUGUUCGGUAUGAACGUAGAAGUUCCCGGCAUGCACACAGAAGGAUUGGCAUGGUGGUUCGGCAUUCUUGGAGUGAUGGCAGGUAUUGUUGUUUUGAGCAUUGGGAUAGCUCGCUGGCAGAGACUGGUUUGA